CAAUUUGUCAAUAGAUGACUCCACUUAUUCAUGAUGAAUUGCAAUAGAUGAUAAAGUUUAUGACUUUGGUUUCUAAUUGUUUCAAGGUAUAAGAAAUUGUACAGAAAAACUACACUGACCAAUAUACAUAAAUACAUAAACAAAUUAAAAAAAUACAAGAUUUAGGGUCAAUGAAUCAAGAAGAAUUAUCACUAGUUCUCAUAAGAAUACUGGUCAUUCUCGCUCCAGUCAAAGAAACAUUACUGGAUCUAACAAACUUCGAAUUCCUAAACAAACCAACUACCUCUCUCACCUCAUCGUCCCCACAUUCCGCCACGAGGACAAAGCACGCGCCGCCAGAUUUGACCACGCGCUCCAUCUCUGAAGCGAAGCGCGCUGGGAAGAGUGCUUCAUCGAAUCGAGCUGUGAAGGCGAGGUCGAAAGAGCCGUCGAAGAACGGGAGGUUGUGCGGAUCGGCGCGGCCGACGAGCGGCGGCGAUUCGAGGAUCUCGACGCCGGUGACUUCGUCGACGCCGAGGAGGUGGAGCGCGUCGACCUCGUGGCCGGCGCCCGCGGAGAUGCAGAGGACGUGGGAGUGGUUGUGGAGGAGUGGGAGAUCGCGGAAGAGGAUGGAGAAGGAGUGGACCUUGACCUUCCAGAGGCGCGUGGAGCGCAGGCGUAGGUUGCGCUUCUCGGCGGGGACGUGGAGGCGCGUGGUGAAGUCGCAGGUGGACUUGGGGAAGCGGAGGUGUGGCUUGCCCGGCGCGCGGCGGGGGACGCAGGUGUCGGGCGUGCGGAGGAAGAGGAAGAGGAGCGUGAGGGAGGCUAUCGUGAUCGCGGCGCACGAUAACCUCUUGAGAAAUUUGUCGAUUUUAUUGUCAAUGAGUUUCUCUUCUCCCACCCCUUCAUGCUUUCCAGAUCUCCUCAUCUCCUUCUCUUCCCUUCACUCUCCCGACUCACUUCAUUCUUAAUCUCAUUAUUUCAUCCAUUCGUUUAUCUUUCUACCUUUUAUUUUUUAUUAAAUUAUAAUCUUUUUAAUUUGUUUAUUAAUAAAUUAUUUGGAAAGAUUCACGACGGUGUUUUAUUUGGUAAAACGAGUUAGGUGCCAAUUCGUGGCAAAUCAGUUAUGCGACUCAACGAGCUGACGAACUAAUUGGGUCACUCUACCUUUUUCCUAACGGGUUAACGGGUGGUUAGUUUUUCGUUUAUUUUUUUCUUUUAUUUUCAUUUUCAUAUUUUGAUUUUAUUUUCAUUUUCAUAUGUAAAAACUUUGUAUACCUUUUCAAUUACCCAUUAAUAAAUUUUCUCUUUUUUACUGUCUC